AGGCAGUGGAAGCUGUAACGUGUGAACUAAACUGUACUGGUCCACGAGAGAAGAACCCAAAGAAUCUCAAACCAGGAGAAAAAGUCAAUGUUACCUACUCAUGUACCUUCAUUAGAAGAGGAGAGUUUUGGCCGCUGUCCAUCAAAGCUAUAUUACGUCUUAACAAGAAGACCAUGAUUGGACAAGUCCAAGGAGUAUCUCCAGUGACAAUCAGUGGUUCAACAUCAAUGACAGCCAGAAAAGGGGAAUUCUCAGCUGAAAUACAGUGUAUCAUGAAAAGAUGUAGAAACCAUCGUAAAAUCUGCAGCGCAUCAUGCCGAUGUAUACUAAAAGAUUGAAGACAAAGAUCAGACCCAUCCAUUUUGAAAACAGGACCUACAGUACCACUAACAUCACACUUCAAGAUCCUUAUUGACAAUACAACUACAACAUUAUUUAUCUAAUGGCAAAAAUGUUAAUGAUAAAAAUUUUAUUUU